AUGGCGGGAAACUUUACAGAUUUGAUAAUCUCGCGAGAUGAACAAUGGACAGGUCUGCUACAGCCUCUAGUUCUUGACAUCGCUAUUGGGUUGUGUGCCCUUGUCAAUGAGGCUCUAGGAAUUCUGGGUAUCGUGGCCAACAUUGUUAACAUUCUCGUGUUCUACAGACAAGGCUAUGACGACAGUGUUAACAUUACGUUAACAGCGCUGGCUGUCAGCGAUAUCGGGGCGUUGUUAACUUUACAGGUUUGUAAUCUCAUGGUCAACCCCUGGAUAAUGAACCUUGACCUUGACGUGUCGGUAAUUAAUUUUGAAGAGCUGGUCAGCUUCUACCCCCACAACUACUUCAUCCGGGUGUGUGGGUUCAUCACGGCCUUCGCCUCGUUCGAGAGAUGUCUGUGUGUGGUGGUGCCGCUCAAGGUGAAGCAGAUCAUAACUAAACGCGUUUCCAUAGCAACCAACAUCUUCAUUUUUCUCAUUCUUUGUCUAAAUUUAGUCCCUAUCUACUACGUGUCAUAUUUAGAUUGGGUGUUCAUACCUGAAUUGAAUAAAACUAAACUGAUAGGACUAAAUCGGGAAAACCCGUACAACGUAUUUGGAAUUUCCUAUUACGUCACGGAUCUAUUUAUACCAUACCUCUCCUUCUUCGUGAUAAUCAUGUGUAACGUUAUCAUAGGUUUUCAGUUGAAAACCGGGCCGCUUGGAAAAUGUCUGCUACGAACCAGAAAGAAAAGGAAAAUCCUUGCUCCAGGAAAGAGAUGA